CAAAAAAGCGCAGCAGAUUGUGGUUACAUGAGGAUGUUUUAAAUGUAUUGCGAAACCAUACGGGAUCAGAAACAGUCGAGGGUCUCAUUUUAAAUCUCCUCUUACUUGAAGAUGUCAAUUUGAAAACUGAAGCAUUUACAAAUAUGAAGAAUUUGAGAUUGCUCCAAAUCGAUUCUGUGCAUCUCACAGGGUCUUAUGAACAUCUCUCUAAAGAGCUAAAAUGGCUUCAUUGGCAUAAGUGCCCUCUGAAAUUUUUACCGCAGAAUUUUCAUCUAGAGAACCUUGUUAUUCUUGACAUGCAGCACAGUAACGUCAAACAAGUUUGGAAGAAGAAGAAAAUAUUCAACAAGUUGAAGGUCCUUAAUCUCAGCAAUUCCAAAUGUCUCACCGAAUCACCAGACUUCUCACAAGUCCCACAAUUGGAGAUACUAAUACUUGAGGGUUGCACAAGCUUGGUUAAGGUUCAUGAGUCUAUUGGAUAUCUCAAAAGACUUGUUUUGCUGAAUUUACAAAAAUGCAAGAACCUUAGGAAUCUUCCAAGCAGCAUUUAUAACUUAGAAUCUCUUACAACUCUUGUAUUGUCUGAGUGCCUUAAUCUUAAAAAGUUACCGGAUUACUUGGGGAAUAUGAUGGCUUUAACGGUGCUGCAUGUGGAGAACACUGCUAUUAAGCAACUACCAUCCUCCUUUAGCCUUCUGAAGAAUCUUGAAACUUUAUCAUUACGUGGAAGUGAAUGCCUCAUUGAAUCACCAAAGUUCUUAGAAACUUCUUGCUUAAAGAAACUGAUACUUGAAGGUUGUACAAGCUUGGUUGAGGUUCACAACUCCAUUGGACUUCUAAAAAUACUAAAGGAACUAAAUUUGGGCAGGUGCAAGAAGCUUAGAAAUCUUCCAAGUAGCAUUUCUAACUUAGAGCUUCUUGAAACUCUUGUGUUGUCUGACUGCUUAGAACUUGAUAAGUUACCGGAACAAUUGGGGAAUAUGAAGGCUUUAAAAUUUUUGUUGGCAGGCAGAACUAAUAUUGAGCAACGACCAUCCUCCUUGGGUCCUAAAAGGAAUCCUAUAAUUAUGCCGUUACUUGGAUGUGAAGUACCAUCCUCAUCACGGAUAUCACCUAAAGGCUCCAAGCACAUAAGUUUGUUUCCUUCCCCUUAUGAAUUAUGGUCUUUGACAAACCUGAGACAACUAGAUCUCAGUGGGCGUAAUUUGUCUGAAGAUGAGUUUCCUGUUGAAUUUGGAGUUUUAUCUUCACUCGAAAUAUUGGAUUUAUCGAGAAACAAUUUUCGUAACCUACCUGAUUGCAUCAACUACCUUCCUGAAUUAUUGCAAUUGAAUUUGAACGAGUGUAGUACUCUUCAAUCAAUCUCAGUCCCCUUUAUUGUACAGGUUUUUGGAAUUUUGAGAGCAAAUGACUGCAUAUCAUUGGAAAGAAUUUUAACUUUGACGAACGAGAGUUUAGGAUCUUUGUCCCUUAAUAAUUGCCAGAAACUGGUUGAGAUUCAAAGUUCGAAGAGUUUGCGAUCUGGAGCAUGUCUUCUCAUGGGAAGGUGCAACAAUCUAUCACCUGCUUUUAGGGAGAGUGUUCUCCAGAUGUUGUGCAAGACAGAUCAUAUAGGUACCAUUUGCCUCCCCGGAAGUGAGAUUCCAAAUUGGUUUAGCCAUCGGACAAUCGGUUCUUCAAUAUGCAUUCGUGUACCCUCCUUUUGGGGUGGUAAAAUCGGCAAGAUGCUUCUUUGCGUUGUUCUUGCGGCAAAAAAGGAAGCACCCAGAAACCUAUCUGGAGUGAGUAGCUUCAGCUGGAGAUUACAUAAUAAAACUAGAACUCACCAAAUGCCUUUAUAUUUAGUGUUCCCAGCUGAUUGCUUUUUUGGUAGCUGUGAAGAUCAAAUAUUUGUAGAGGCGAUGGGAGAUGAUCAUCUUACGCGAGGUUAUAUGAAAAGUGGAGACGAAAUAGAGGUAUCUGUCGACUUCUCGGAUGAAGAGGUUAAGGGUGAAAUACAAGUAAAGAAGUGUGGAAUUCAUCUACUAGUUGAUGAGCCAAGUGUAAUUGAUACAAGUGGAGACAAAAUAAAACGGUUCUUCGUCGGCAAGGAAGUCCCGGUUUAUGCAGGAGAGGUGUGUAGAAUACCACUAAAUGAGGCAAAUGCUACACAAGUAGAUGAAAGUGAUUUUUGUUCCAGUCUAGAUUUUUUUCUACGCACACAACUCAGGCAUCAUUAGAAUUGUUAUUGGGGGGAAAAACCAUUAUGUUCUUGCAAAAAAUAUUUUGAGGAAAUAUUGAUUAUAUUUUUCUACCAUUUAUGUGACACUUUUUUUUUUCUAGGCAUGUAUGUGACAUGACACUAUUAUUGAAAUGCAUGACUAUUUUUACCUUCUGGUGUGUCAUAUUAUCCGAACGGAAAUUUAUGAUCCA